CCGGCGAACCCCGCACAAAAACGCCCCCGUGCCUUUUGGCGGACUGGCCACGCCUACCGCCGUCAGUCAACGGAAGGAGGCGGGGCGUACUGUUGCGUACUCAGCUUCCAAUACCGCCUGCGUAGAACAAAGCGCCGAGUAAUAACGCGCGGGGGGGGAAAAACAUGGUAAAAAUGUAUUUGGUUUACAAGAUUUCCGUAGUUUCAAAGGUUAGGGUUUUAAGAAUUUUACGUGACUCAGACGUCAUUUUUCCAUUCUGGCGCCAGCGUGGGCAGCUCUAUGGUCCUUCGUGGAUGGACCCCGGUGUUGUAAACAAGCGGGUGAUGCUUUCAUUAACGUCACGUCUUCCAUUUCAAAUAUAAAACAUCACUUCACUGACGCUGCUUACCACCAACUCAUGGCGAAGGAGGAGAACGAGUUAGAAAAGCGCGCCAUCGAGGAGCUCCUGAGAGAGACUGACAGGGCGCGGGUGAGAGCGGAGACCAUGGGCCCUGCAGGAUGGUUGAAGUGUCCUCUGCGGGGCGCCAACAAGCGCUUCCUUCUCAACACGCUGCGCUCCACGGGGGGGCUGCAGCGGCGUGGCGGCGAGCCCAAAACGCCGGGACAGUCUUCGGGCCGAGGACACGGCGGGACGGGUUCCCCCGACAGGAGCCGCAGCAGGUCCCGGGACAGGAGGCGCUCCAGCAAACGUCACCACAGGAGCAGUCGCGAUGGACGCCAGGACGUGGACGGCGAGCGGGAGAGAAGUGGGCGACACGAGGACGAGAGGGAGGACAUGUCCAAGAUGGACGCUCACAAGAAGGACAAACGCUGAAUGUCAGACCUGGUCAGGACUUUGGACUGGUUACUCAUGGACACACAAAACAUGUUUAUUUCAGGUCUAGGUUCUAGGUUUUCUUCAUUUUCUCACGUGACUUGCUAAAAACAUGUUUAUUUCAGGUCUAGGUUCUAGGUUUUCUUCAUUUUCUCACGUGACUUGCUAAAAACAUGUUUAUUUCAGGUCUAGGUUCUCCAUUUUCUCACGUGACUUGCUAAAAACAUGUUUAUUUCAGGUCUAGGUUCUAGGUUUUCUUCAUUUUCUCACGUGACUUGCUAAAAACAUUUAUUUCAGGUCUAGGUUCUCUUCAUUUUCUCACAUGACUUGCUAAAAACAUGUUUAUUUCAGGUCUAGGUUCUAGGUUUUUUUCAUUUUCUCACAUGACUUGCUAAAAACAUGUUUAUUUCAGGUCUAGGUUCUAGGUUUUUUUUCAUUUUCUCACGUGACUUGCUAAAAACAUGUUUAUUUCAGGUCUAGGUUCUAGGUUUUUUUUCAUUUUCUCACGUGACUUGCUAAAAACAUGUUUAUUUCAGGUCUAGGUUCUCUUCAUUUUCUCACGUGACUUGCUAAAAACAUGUUUAUUUCAGGUCUAGGUUCUAGGUUUUCUUCAUUUUCUCACGUGACUUGCUAAAAACAUGUUUAUUUCAGGUCUAGGUUCUAGGUUUUCUUCAUUUUCUCACGUGACUUGCUAAAAACAUGUUUAUUUCAGGUCUAGGUUCUAGGAUUUCUUAAUUUUCUCAUGUGACUUGCUAAAAACAUUUAUUUCAGGUCUAGGUUCUAGGAUUUCUUAAUUUUCUCACGUGACUUGCUAAAAACAUGUUUAUUUCAGGUCUAGGUUCUGUUUUUUCAUUGAGUCAUGUGACUUACUAAAAAGAACAUUUAUUUGAGAUCUAGGUUCUAGGUUUUCUUCAUUGAGUCAUGUGGCUUACUAAAAAGGACAUUUAUUUGAGGUCUAGGUUCUAGGUUUUCUUCAUUGAGUCAUGUGACUUACUAAAAAUAACAUUUACUUGAGGUCUAGGUUCUAGGUUCUCUUCAUUGAGUCAUGUGACUUACUAAAAAUAACAUUUACUUGAGGUCUAGGUUCUAGGUUCUCUUCAUUGAGUCAUGUGACUUACUAAAAAUAAUAACUCUGACUACUUCUGGUCAGAAGAGCACAAAUCAUUUUCCUUAAGCCACACUGAGGAGUUGACUAAACAUAAUCAUUGUAAUAAUAAUAAUAAUUGAGGGGGCGUGGCCUAAAAAGUGGAGUACAUUGAACUUGUGAUAUUUCACACAUUUUGUUGUGACGUCAUCCACUUUGAGUUGUGUACAGAAUGUUGUGAGAACGCAGUCC